CGCUUGUCUACUACUGUGCGGACUACCCCCGGGACCGUGCAGGAAACGUACCCCGACAUCAUGGGGACCUACCUGGGACCACUACUUCUCAUGGCCCUGGCGCUGGCCGGGCCGAUUCUAGCAGAAGUACGAUAACCUGAAGGAGUUGGAGAAGCACCCUCUGCGCUUCAACUUCCACGACGGUCACAUCGAUGCCGAGCUCUGCACUGUGGAGGACGACUCCCAGACAGCGCUCAACGUCAAGAGAGCUGUGCUCUCCCUCUUCCAGGUCGCUGCCUCCCAGUCGUUUGGCAGCAACGCCGCCACUGAGAUCGAUGUGUACGGUUCCUGCCCAACAGACUUCUCAUUCAGCAAGGAUGGAGACACCCUCAUUGUCCGCAAGGAGCGCAACCUCAACAGAUGCGCUUACCGUGAAGAUUUCAGAUCUGAUAUUCUCUCCGUUGGCUAUGCCGGUGGUUCUCCUCUGCAGAACACUCCCCUCAUGGCCUCCACCUUGAAGUCUACCCAGAAAAUCAAGAACAAGAUCCUUGACUCAGCUGAGAGUGUUGAGGAAUACUUCUACCGCCCUCUUUCCAACAAGGACGCUGGUGCUAAGACUGUUGUUGAAACUAAGAUCAAGCUGGUGUCCACCAAAAAGCAGGGUCCUUCAAGCACUGCUGUCAGCCGUCAACGUUCCAUCCUCUUUGAGGUUCCCCAUGCCACUACUGUCCCUGGAAAUGCUGAUGCCAUCUCCAAAGCCAUGCACAAGGCCCAUGAAAACAUGAAGUCCAGUGUUGGCGAAUCCUCUGCUCGUGACUUUGGUGAUGUUGUUGCAGUUCUCCGCCAGUCCACAAAAGAUGACAUCCUUAAGGCUUACAAGGAUACCCAUCACAAGUCAAUGUUCAUUGAUGCCCUGAUCCGUACUGGAACUGGUGAAGCUGUUUCAGCUGGUGCUGAACUCAUCAAGCAGAAGGAAAUCAAGGACAUGACUGAAAAGGUCUGGUACAUGAACCUUGGCUUUGUGCGCCAUGCCACUCCUGGAGCCCUUGCUUCAGUUGCUGGUCUUAUUGACGCCAACAGCCCACGUGGUCUGAUCCUUGGUGCUGGUGCUCUGGCUGGUCGCUAUUGCCGUGAGCAUGAAUGUGACAACAAAGCUGAAUUCAACACCCUGAUCAGCAAGCUGGCCAAUCCUCUUGGUUCCAACUGCAAGCCCAAGGACAAGGCUGAUGAAAACAAAAUCAUUGCUAGCCUCAAGGCUAUUCACAACAUCCACAAUCUCAAUGAUGCAGUUGCCAAGACUGUGUCUGCUUGUGCCAGUGAUGUCUCUCUUCCAACUAGGAUUCGAGUUUUUGCUCUGGAAGCUUUCCAUGGUGAUGCAUGCAUACCUAAGCUGAGAGAAACUGCUCUUAGUGUGCUCAAGAACACUGAAGAGGACUCUGAGAUCCGUAUCAAGGCUUACCUUGCACUUGUCGACUGUCCCAAUGGUCAGGUCGCUAAUGCUCUUAAGGAAAUCAUUGAGAAGGAGCCCAGUAACCAAGUUGGUGCUUUUAUUGUGUCACAUUUGCGAAACCUCCGUGCAUCUGCCAAUCCUGAUAAGGUUUCCGCCAAGGCUCAGUUGGGCAACAUUAAGCCCACUAAGCGCUUCCCCAAUGACUUGCGAAAGUUCUCACGCAACUUUGAGGUCUCCACCCUCAUUGAUCUGCUCAAUAUUGGUGCUUCCGCUGAGUCUAAUGUCAUCUUCUCUCAAAAGUCUUUUGUGCCCCGCUCUGCCUCUCUAAACCUUACCACUGAGGUCUUCGGUCACUCAGUAAACCUUCUUGAUUUUGGCAUUCGUGCUGAAAAUGUUGACCGCGUCUUGGAGCACAUCUUUGGCCCCAAGGGCUACAUCAGAUCCAACAAUGUCAGGGACAUGUUCACUGAGAGUCAGGAUAAGUUUGUGACUCUUGCUGGAAAGGUUGCAGACAGGUUUGCUAAGGCAACCAGAGGAAAGCGCUCAGUUUCUCGCGACCAGAUUAAUGCUGUUUCCAAGAAAGUUUCCCUAGGACCCAAGGAGUUUGAUGCGGAACUUGACCUCGAUAUCUCUGUUCGAGUGUUUGGUUUUGAAAGCGUCUGGAUGAAUUACCAAGGGGGUAAGAGCUUGUCUCCUGAAAGCAUUGUGGAUAAAAUCUUUGAUGGAGUUGACGCUGGCAUUCUGAAAGCUAAGAAAUUCAAUUAUGACAUCCAAAAGCACUACCAAUUCCUGGACACCGACCUCACCUAUCCUACUGGUCUUGGAUUCCCCCUCAAGCUGUCUGCCGUUGGUAAUGCUGCCGUCCAUCUGCAGCUUGAUGGAAAGCUAGAUAUUCAUGCCAUCAUGAAGGACCCUAAGAACGCUGAAGCUAAGCUUCACAUUGUGCCGAGUGCUGCCAUUGAAUUGAAUGGACUGAUGGUUGUUGAUGCCAUUGCUGUCCAGUCUGGUUUGAGGCUUUCCACCACUGUUCACUCUGCUACUGGAUCUGAUGUUACUAUCAAGAUUUUGGAUGGAGCUGGUAUUGAUGUUAACUUUGGACUGCCUGUCCCUAAGCAGGAUGUGAUCACUCUAAAGUCUGAGAUCUACAAUUACAAGAGGGAGAAGGGUCAGUCUGAAGUCAACACCCCGUUGUCUUUCACUGCUAAGCGGAAGGAUUAUCAUGGCUGCUUUGACCAGUUGUCUCCAGUUAUUGGAAUCACUUUCUGCUCUGAGGUUGGCUUCCCCUCUGAGGGUCCCAGCUUCAAUGGUGCUCUCUUCCCCCUGAACGGUCCUGCCAAGUUUUCUCUCAGGGCUGACAAGGUUGAUGAUGGCAUGACUGGUUACCGCCUCAAGGCUAGCUAUGAUAGAUCAAACCCCCACAAGCGUUCUGUGGAGCUCUUAGUGGACACCCCUGGAUCUAAGAGCAACCGUAAGCUUUCUGCGGUGCUGGAGGCCUCCAGCAGCCCUGACUAUGCUAUUAAGGGUGCUCUGAUUUCUCCUUGGAAGAAGAUUUCUGUGGAGGGACAGAUCAUUGACAAUGAGCAAAAGCAAAUGCUUGUCGGAAAGCUCCUCAAUGACAAGGCUGAAUACUCUGUGAAGGUUGGCUUGGAUGUUACUGGAAGCCCUGAUGCUCGUACCUAUGCCCCAGUCUUGGAGUACAGUGCGCCUGGUGGCAAGAAAGAAGCCCUGACUGGCAAGGAUGGCAAGAAACAGCCCAUUAACAUUGAAGGUACUGUGACAGUUGAAAAGAAGGGUGAUACUUGGAGAAAGUACAAGUUCAAUGGUGUGUCUAUCAAUACUCCUGUGGGCAAGUAUGGUCUUGAUGGUUCUAUCACCAAGGACACCAACCUUGUGGCUCACGACCUGAAGGUGAUUCUUGACAAGCACACUGGUACUGUGAAGACUGACCUGCAAAAGCUCGGUCCUAAUGCUUACAAGGCACAUAUUGAAGUAGUACCAAACCAGGCCCCUGACUUCAGCUUUGCUAUUGACUUGGACUACAAGAGGGAAAACAACCAGAUUGACACCAACCUUGUCGUUGCUCAUGGAGCAAAUCUCAAGGCUGUUGAAUCGAGAGUGACCUUCAAUGAUCAAAUGAUAUUCAAGGGUGAUAGUUUCAGCAAUUUUGAUUUAUCAACCAAGAAGAAGUUGACUUACCCUCUCCUUGGAAUUGACGCUAAGUUGGAUGCUGCUGCCACAAGAAAGACUCUGAGCUAUGACCUUUCUGCUAAAUACGACAACAAGAAACUUGAAAGCAAGCUGAAUGCAAAGGCAAACCAAAAGUCUGUUGGUGACUAUGAAGUAAACUUCAAUCUUAAAGUGAAUGACAAGGGUAUUGCCAUUUCAAGCCAGCGUUCAAAGCCUGCUGCCGACAAAGUUAAGGCUCAUCAUUCCCUGGAGCUCACUCCUGGUGGUAAAUACGAGCUGAGCUCGGAUGUGACUUACAACUUUGAAAAGAACAACAUUAACUAUCUUGGAGAGCACCUUCUUAAGCUGCAUCAGCAGCCUGACAUCAAGGUGAGCACUGCUGUUGUCCACAACACCGGCCACUUCAACACGCACUGCUACAUCACUUACGGUGAUACCAAGUAUUUGGACACUUCAGCCAAGCUUGACAGAGGAGCAAACCCAAGUGGUAGUUACAAGGUCAUCAUUAAGGAUAUCUUCGACUCCCAUGGAGACAUGAAGUAUGGAGGUGGCAAGGGCUCUGGAAGCUUUGUCAUUGAUAUUCCUAAGGUGCAGCGUAAGAUUAAGGGAUCUGCUGAUCUAGCAAUUUCUGGCAGCAACCACAAGCUUUCAGCUGACCUUCUCUGGAAUGCUGACAAGGAUCCCAAACAGAAGAUUCACUUUGAGACAGAUUCUGAUCUUACUCGUCAGGCAAUCAAUUCCAAGAACACAAUCAUCAUUAUGGACUGGAAACUUCAGGCCAAUUUGAAGCGUGAAGCUACUGGCAGUGAACGUGAUGGUUCUUCUAAAUCUGAUGUUGAAGUAAUUCUUCCAAGCGGUCGUAAGCUGUCAGCUCGUUACAAGCGUGAGACCCACAUUAAGGCUGACCAGCCUUCCUCUGGAGAGUUCUCUCUGGCCUUGGAAGACAACAACGGUGGAGCUGUGAGAACCUCAUCUCUUAAGGUUUCUGGCAAGGGUGUUGAUGUUAAGCAAGGUGUUUUUGACGCAAAUGCUGAAUACAACUACAAAUGUCCUGACGGCAAGGAUCUUGCUGCCAAGGUGUCCGCCAAGAAUACUAAGUCUGGAGACAAAUGGAUUUCUGAGGGCAAGGGAUCUAUCAAGGGCUCUUACCUGUCCAAACCAGUCGAUGUUGAAUUCAAUUCUGAGAGUACUAAGACCCAGGUGACCUACAAGCUUAAGGGCAGUGGCCUUACUGGUUUUGAAUACGAUGUUCAAGGAAAAGCUAUGUCUGGUCAGGAGGGUAACAAUGGCCAAAAGCAUUCUGAAAUUGCUAUUGAUCUGAAACUGCCUUCUGAUUACAUCAAGCACCUUAAGUACAAGAACUCUUACACUAUGACAGCUGAGCCAGGAUCUCCCUGCCAAGUUGGCUUCAAGCACCUCUAUGAAAUGCUCCAAAAGAUCAGGUCUGAGAAGGGUAUGAAGUUGGCAUCCGCUGUUUCCCUGCUGCUCCCUAACAUUGUACCAUCAUGUGAAGUCAAGGUCCUGAACGAACUUGCCUGGGAUGACAAGACUGCUAAGCUCAAUGGUGCUCUGAAGGCUGAUCUUCGAAGAGGCUCCACCAAGGUUAUUCUUACCCUCCCCAAUGACAAACCCCGUUCCAUUCAGACAUCUUGGGUCCACGAGCUUGACCAGGAGCCACCUAAGCUCAGCACCACAGCUACUGCUACCUGGGAUGAGAAAAAGGAAGCCAAGUUUGAAUUCAAGAUUGAGGGACUCAAGGACUUCAGUGACAUCAAGGCCAAAUUGUCUGGUACCACCAAUGUAAACAACAAACACAACUUCGAGAUUGACGUUUUGAACAAGAGGAAGAAUGAGCGGGCCUCAAAUACUGAUAUUACCCUAGCACUGGAUGAUAAGAAGAUAAACGUGGGUGUUGAUCUUGACAUGGCAGAGAAAAGCCCUAAAAUUGAUAUCAAGAUUGAGCAUCCUGGCGGUAAACUCCGUUUGGCAUCCAAGACUGAUAGAAAAUCUGACAAAGAGGUCAAGAGUGAGGGUGAAUUGCAGUGGCCUUACCAGGGUGGUGGCAAGCUCACCUGGGGGGUUGAGAGCAAGGUUGACUCCAUUGACAACUUUGACAUCAAGGUUAAGAUUGAUUCCGAGAAGCUGAAGCUGAACAAGUAUGACCUUGCUGUUUCUAGCAAGCCAGGAGAUAAGAAGCAAAUCACUUUCUCCCUCAAGUCUGCUGAUCAGAACAUUGUUAGCGGAUCCACAAACUAUGAAGCCAAGUCAGAAGGCAAGGUGUGGUCUUUGGAGGGUUCCGGUAAUGUCCAAGUCAAGAAUGAGGCUCGCAGCUCUCACUUCAAGUUUACCCACAAGCAACUGAACCUUGGUGAAGAUAAGGAAGUUGGAGAAGAGAACAUCCUUAAUGUUGACUUUGGAGGAAAAGAGAGCAUCCAGCUUGAGAGGAAAAUCACCAACCGUCAACAGCGUUUCAUCAAUGUCUUCUGUGACAAGGACAAGAAAUGUGCCCGCCUUGAGUUUGAUAACAAUGUGAAGGUUCAAGAUUUCGUUGAUUACAACCAUGCCCUGAAGGUCGUCUUCGACCUCAAGUCUCUUGGCGUUCCCCACGACUUCAACAUCGACGUGACCCGCGUCCGCCACGGCCGCAUCGUCGACAUCGACACCAGCAUCAACAUGGACACCGGCGCCGAGAAGACAUCCCUCUCCAGCAAGCUGUACGCUCACGAGAAGUCUGCUGGUAUCAUCAUCAACCUGCCCAAGCGCACCAUUGAGGCCCUGGCCGAGGUGUCCAGCAAGAAGGAGGGCUCCUUCAAGGCCGAGCUGGCUUUCUGGAUCGACAAGAAGCGCCAGCCCAACCUCAAGUCUGCCAUCAUCUUGUCUGCGGACGUCGCCCACAACCAGGACGGUGCUUCCCUCGCCGGAGAGGCACGCUUCGCCCACCCCGGAGCCAAGGACUUGGUUGCCUCCAGCCGCGUGGCUGUGACAGGAGGAGAGAAACUGCUGGACGCUGCCAUGGACCUGGAUGUUUUCGCCGACCAGAAGCAGAAGAUCGUUUUGGAGGCCAACGUGGCCGCCCUCAAGAUCCCCGGUGGCCGCAACGUCACCGUUAACAUUGGCGCCAAGAGCAAGGGUCUCAACCUUGAUGUUGAACUUCAGGGACACGUUGCUGUAAGCCCCGAGGUCGUCUCUGCCUCCAACUUCCUCAUCUACCAGGAUGUCAAGAAGGGAUCGCGCAACGCCGGAGUGUAUGCCAAGCUGUCCAAGGAAAAACUGAUCCUGGUGGCCACCGUUCCUGGCUCUAUUCUUCUGAAGAUCAAGUCUGACCUGAAGAUCGCCCGAGACGUUCAGAGCAUUGACUCCAACAUUGAGCUGUUCGGUCUGAAGCCUAUUGCUGUUCAAGGAGAAAUCAAGGACUUGAACUCAGCUAUUUUCAACAUCUACAAAAAGGAGACUUACCUGAAAGAAGCAGAGUGUGCAAAAUUUAUGACCAGCCUUGAAAUUUUACAUCAAUUUAUAGUUGUGGUUAAAAGUGUAAAUAAUAUUUAUCAACAAUGUUUGUGUGUGUAAAAAAUGAACAUUUAAUUUUUCCAUCAAUGAGUAGUAGUGUCCCCGGGUCCAAGUGCAUCACACAAUACAUUAAGACAUUAAGACUUAACAUUACAUACUUUAGCCAUGAUUUUGAUGUUCAAGACUCAUUGUCAGAUCUGGUUUUGCUCAAUACAACUUUUGGCUAUAUUGUAAUCAUGCAAGGCCUAUUUUUACAUUUUGGAAUAUUAUUUGUGCUCCGUUAGAUUUUAAGUAACUUGCUGUGAUCUUUCUUUCCUAAUGAGUUAUUACAUAUUGUCUCUUGUCCAGUGCAAAUGUAAACAAUGCUAAAGCCAGGGAAGAAACACUUAAAUGGAGAAGCUAUUGAGAAUUCUGAGAUCUGAGAUGCAAUUACAGAAUUCUCUUUUUCAGCUAUGUUUCUCCUUUCUUACUUCUCCCUGUCAUGUAGUCAUAGUUUGUAUAUUUACAAUUAGAGAUUAUGUAAUAUUGGCUAGAAGUAGGUGGAUGGUGUAAUGUUCUAAGACAUCUUCUCACAAAUCAGUCUUGGUAGCAAGUUCUUAUAAGAAAAUCAAGUGCACAUUUUGAUUGCCGUCCUGCUUAUAUUUCACCACAUCUGCAUUUGAUCAUGUUUAAUUAGACAUUUAAAUUUCUCUGUACAAUUUUUCAAUAAAACAUUUACAUCAUAAAUGGAAA